AUGACAGACAAUGCCACGGACAAGACAACACCUCUCAGCAGCCCUCCUCGCUGUCUAGCUUUACCUUCAGCCCUCUUACCAUGCAUAACAUCCCACCGCCGGCUUCUCCCAACUCCCGCCAAACACGCCUUUUCCUACCCUCUCAUCUACAUGGGCAUCGACCUAGACGAAGUAGAAAAUCACAACUUGGACCUCCCUUCGCGCUUCUUUCGGUACGGGACAAGCAGAUCUAUACUAGGUCUCCGACAUGAGCAUUACCUCGCCCCUGCUAUAGGGGAGAAAGAGGCGAGAAGGGGCGCAUGGAAGGAAGAGUUGAAGACCCUUGUCAGCGCACAUGGGGUGCCUGGAGAGGAGAUGGGAAGGGUAUGGAUGGUGACCAUGCCUUCUUAUCUCGGAUUCGUGGGAGUCAACCCUCUGUCGGUAUAUUUCUGCUACAAAGACACGGUUAGGAAUGCGGAUGAGUACGAAGAGAGAUCGGCAGGGCUGUUAUGCGUCGUACUGGAGGUGCACAAUACGUUCGAGGAGAGACACCUCUACGUUCUGCGCACAUCACACGACGAAGUGGACCCUCAGGGGAAUCACGAUCACGCCUGGGUAUUCCCUCGAACGUUCCACGUCUCGCCAUUCAACAAUCGAGCUGGGUUUUACCGGUUAGACGUGCAAGAUCCAUUUUCGAGAUCAAGUACCGAGCCGAGGAUCAAGAUCACGCUCAAUCAGCUGACCCAGGAGAAAGACACCAAGCUCUACGCUGCUUUGCUAAACCACCCCGACAAGACAAGGCGCCCGGUGGAUAUCACCAUCAGUAAUAUCCUCAAGGUGGUCUUGUGGCGACAACCCUGGGAUCUCUUCCUGACCACUUUCCGAAUCCUUCGACAAGCAUGGACUUUACAUUACCGUAAAAAGCUGUUGGUAUACCCUAGACCGGAGCUCCAUACCAAGAGUACGAUGGAAUCAGAACCCAUAGGACCUGCCGAAGAGCUCCCGGGACACAGCCUGAAGGUCCCGUUGAAUCCCGUUCAGGUCGACGUAGGGAAUAUCGGUCGGUCAAUCGGGUUCCGAGCGGUCGAUGCGGCGGAGAAAAAAGCGGAGGGCUUAUUAUUACCUGAUAUGAGGAGAAGGGCGGAAGAAGAGGCUAUCACCGUGGAGAUCAGGUUUGCGGAUCCGUCAAGGGGGGUAUCACGGAUUGGACCUGCUGGAACUGCGAAAUCGUGCUUGGUCGUUGAGACGAGGCAUCCCGCGCUUUUUAUACAACUGUUAAUGGCGAGAACACCCAAGCACUUUCUCCUUACUGCCAAGCAGGAACGACACACCUCGAUCUCAUCAGAGGAAACCUUUGAGCGUCUGAUGACACCGAAACCACGACCAGAGAGAUCGACAAGCGGCUUGGUGGCUACCAUCAAGGAUUGGGUGGAUGCGGUCCGAGCAGCCCACUUGAUGUUCCUGCUAUCAUUCUGCGAUCGACCUAUCCCACCGGAAAUCGUCGUGAUUCAUCAGCAACAACGACAUCUGGCUGAUCUUUCCGGAAUUCGCCAAAACCUGUCGAUGCUGUUCAUCCUCGCGUCAUUGCUAUUUGCUGACAAGCUCGAAGAGAAGAUCUUCCGGGUGGUCAACGCGAAGUUCAUCCCGGGGCAAGAACCGUGGAUGGUCUGGAAGCGUACGGUGGAUUCGAUCUGGAGGGGUCAUACAGAUGAUGAUGAGUUCGCCUUGCGAGGAGACCGGGAGUACGGGAGCGUGUUGUUGACGGAUAUUCAGUCUGUAUCUUAG